AUGUUUUUUCGGUCGCUAUAUACCACAUUCUUCGUCCUCCUCCUCAGCUUCCUAGCUACAGCCGCACCUAUUAGCACUCGGUCGGUGCAGAUUCCUGGGUCUGACAACACACUUGAAGCUACGACUCAGACGAUAGUACAAUCGCAACCAAUCCACGAUGCAGCAUCAGUAACUGCACUUCCCCCGAGAUUCGAACUCGAAAACCAUGACACAAUACCGGGUCUCCAUAAAGCAGCAAUCGACUGGAGAGAAGAUGGGUCUGAGUCUCUCAAACUGGAAUCAGAACGUGAGGCCGGGUUUCUUCCGAGUUCUCAUCAUGAGAGGUAA